ACUCCAACCAGCAACAACUCCAACAAGAAAGCUUGGUUCGACAAUGAAACCCAUAAUAGCUAUUCCAGCAUGGUUAGCGAUAGUGUACAGGGCUUGGUCCCGGAAGUCUCUUACACCUCUCGGAUUAUUUACUGCUGGAGCGACGGCAAUAGCGCAUGCGGUGCAUCCUUGGAGCGUAUUCUUCGUUCUUCUGGCCGUGUUUUUCCUAGCUGGAACAGCCGUGACUAAGGUAAAACAUGAUAUCAAAGCAAAACUUACACAAUCCGCAACCGGCGUAUCUGGGGGAGAAGGCCCCCGAAAUCAUGUCCAAGUUCUCGCCAAUUCCGUGGUAGCCACAGCUCUCAUCCUGCUCCAUACAUGGCAGAUCUAUGAUGAUGGCUCAUAUUCCAAGUCUAAUUUGUGUUGGCCGCGAGGGAGCCAUGUUUUGGUUGUCGGAAUAGUUGCUAAUUAUGCUGCCGUGGCUUCCGAUACCUUUUCCUCCGAGCUAGGCAUUCUAUCGAAAACGAAACCCCGCCUUAUAACCGCCCCUUGGCGAGUUGUGCCUCCUGGGACCAACGGGGGAGUAACUUUGGCUGGACUCGCUGCCGGCCUUCUAGGAUCUUUCAUCAUCGCUGCAACCUCGACUUUAAUGAUACCCUUCUGCAAAGACUGGAACCUACAGGAAAAGGCCCAAUUCACUGGAGCCAUGACAUUCGCUGGGUUCUGUGGUACACUUCUGGAUUCGUACCUGGGGGCGGUCUUUCAAGCUAGCGUUGUGGAUGUACACUCCGGUAAGAUUGUGGAAGGUGAAGGCGGACGAAAAGUUCUCAUUCACCGCUCCAGUCCCUUGCAUCUGAAACAGACCGCAAAGCUUCGGAGCGAAGUAGUUGGUCAUGAAGACAGUAAAGAAGGAAUAGCGAAGACAUCCGGAUUCAGUGACUCCACCAAGGCGUCUAAUAGGAUGCGAGAAGCGGGUGUUUCGGGAGCGGCAUUUACAGAUAGGCAUCAUGAGAGCCGUCAUAUUGAAGUGGGACACGACAUACUGGACAAUAACGGAGUCAAUCUGCUUAUGGCAGUACUGAUCGGGGCCAGUAACUUUCCUCAAACUGCGUCAUCCACAUCUUGCCAGCUAACGAGCAACUCCGAAGUCAACAUGUCCCUCCGCUUCGUCCCCCCAGCCAACCACCCUACGCACUCCACCCCGGAAAACAGCGCCCCUUCCGCGCCCGGCGUCCACGACACCCUGCGCUCCCGUCUUGCCCUCUCCUCAGCCCCCAUCACCUCUACCACCACCGCCUCCUCCUCUAACCACCCGAUCCAACUCCAAUCUGCCCACCCCCUUGAAGCCCGCCUCGUGCAAUGGCGCCAAACGCAAGACAAACUCAAGAUGGAGAUGCUGCGACGCCAAUUCGGGAUCGCGGAGCCCGUGAGACGAGGCAUGGAGAUUAAGAUUACGGGGGCUGGGGAGUGGAGGCCGAUGGUGCUGGGGGGUGCGAGUGGAGUGCAUAGGGAUAUUCUGGAGGGUCGGGAUUGUGAGGUUGGGUGGGAAGAUGUGUUUGUUGGCAAUGAAUUACGUGAGGUCCCAGACUUCCAUACCGAGAUGGAGACGAGGAUGAAGAUGAACUGGUGAGCAGAGAGGUUUUUAACAUGCCUCGGAGAUUCAACGAGUGGAGAUGCAGAGGGUUGUCAACUCUAGGGGACGGGAUGCUGUAGAGGGCGCUGUUUCCCUCGAAGAAUUGGCCUCUAUUUUGGCAGUCGAUCAUGUGUACAACAGCCAUCCAUGUAGCUCCUACACCUCCUCAUGGGGGAGUCAUAGUAUCAAGGCGUCGAAGAUAUGGAGAAUGCUUCAUUUCCAUCCCUGAGAAUCUUUGUGUUCGGAGCACUAAACAUGGUUAUUAUCACGUCACCCCCGAGAGACAAAAAAUCAGUAUCAUCAACGAAAUCUUUU